CCUGCUGCCGCUGAUGGCAGCGCUCGCCUGGUUCUCGAGGCCCACUGAGGCGGAUGAGGAGCAGCAGCAGGGAGCGGGCGGGGCAGCCGCCGAGGACGCGGCGGACGAGGCCGAGGCCGAGAUCAUCCAGCUGCUGAAGCGAGCCAAGUUGAGCAUUAUGAAAGAUGAGCCAGAAGAGGCUGAGUUACUCUUGCACGAUGCUCUUCGUCUUGCCUAUCAGAGUGAUAACAAGAAGGCCAUCACUUACACUUAUGAUUUGAUGGCCAACUUAGCAUUUAUACGGGGUCAACUUGAAAAUGCAGAACAGCUUUUUAAAGCAACAAUGAGUUACCUGCUUGGAGGGGGCAUGAAGCAGGAAGACAAUGCAAUCAUUGAAAUCUCCCUAAAGCUGGCCAGUAUCUAUGCUGCUCAGAACAGACAGGAAUUUGCUCUCGCUGGCUAUGAAUUCUGCAUUUCAACUCUAGAGGAGAAAAUUGAAAGAGAAAAGGAGUUACCAGAAGACAUUGUGUCAGUGGAAGAGAAAGCCAAUACCCACCUCCUGCUGGGCAUGUGCCUGGACUCCUGUGCUCGCUACCUUCUGUUCUCCAAGCAGCCAUCACAGGCACAAAGGAUGUAUGAGAAAGCUCUGCAGAUUUCUGAAGAAAUACAAGGAGAAAGACACCCACAGACCAUUGUGCUGAUGAGUGACCUGGCCACGACCCUGGAUGCACAGGGCCGCUAUGAGGAGGCCCACGUUUACAUGCAGAGGGCAUCAGAUCUGGCCCGACAGAUCAACCAUCCUGAGCUGCAUAUGGUGCUCAGCAACCUCGCUGCAGUUCUGAUGCACAGGGAACGAUACACACAAGCCAAGGAGAUCUACCAGGAAGCACUGAAGCAAGCAGAGCUGAGAGGAGAUGAGGUUUCUAUACAGCACAUCAGGGAAGAGUUGCUGAGCUGUCGAAAAAAAGUAGACCUUUGACCUAACAAUAUCAAGCUCUAAAUCCAUUUUUGUUUUAAGGAGAGUAAUUUUUAGUAACCCAGAGGAGUAGCUAUUGUUCCAGUCUCUUUGACACCCAAAUCAAUGUCUGAUUAAAUCCUUGAUCUUGGUAUUCAGGUUUCUUCAAUUUAGCCUUGGUGAAGGACAAGCUGGAUAUACUGCCACUUUUGUUCUGUAAGGAAAAAUACUUUCAUCCCCAAGUGAUUAUGACCUCUGAGGACUGAUGUCAAGUGAUGCUUUCAGAAUGCGUGGCCAGGUGCUGUCCGUGUUGGUCUUGGUGUAUUACAGGUAGUGACGAGCCAGCUUUUUUCUGGGGCCUGGAUUUGGCAGUCCAGCCUGGCCUCUCUACAGUAAGAUUUUGGUCCACUGAUCUGCUGCUCUUUCUUCUCUUACUUUAUCACUGUCUGGCAGAGCAGAGCAGAGCUACCUGUCUCGUGGAAAAAAGAGAUGAUGGCUACCUCUUGGGAGACUAAAGACUGCCUGCUGACUUCUUACUCUGCUGACUGCAGUCUGUAAUAUGCAGUUUGAAUGAAACAGCAGAAGAUCUGGGAACCACCCACACAGCACUGCACUGGCCAGUGCAGGAAUUUGGGGACAUAAAUGGUGUUUCCAUCACCUCUUGCACCUUGAUGCUGAGACUUGUAAACAGAAUGCUACGGGAAAUAAGAGAGUGGCUGGCUGGCUGAUGUCCCAGAGAAGAACAUGGUGUUUCAGGUGAGACUGCACAGGGAUGGGCUUUACCUAGGGCUGAGAGCUGUCUGUGAAGAGGGAGGAGUACAGAUGCCCAGAAACUCACCUUCCUAAUCAGGGAAGCUUCCAGCUGACAAGAGGAGGGCAAGGAGGAGGAAAAUCCCUAGGAAGAACUACAGAUGUCUGUCUUACUAAUGGGCCAGGAAACAUGGUAAAUAAACUCAAACCAAAAUAACACAGUCUUGUAGCUGUCACGAAGCAUGUGGAACAGCACUCAUUUGUUCAUCUGACAGACGUUUACUGAGCAGUUAUAUACCUGAAUCAUAAUAAAAUUACAUUCUUACGGAGACGAUCAGACAAGACAAGGUGCUAGUCCGGCACAUGUGCAGGUUCUACACCUGCAGUGCACCUUCCUUCACUGAGGGAACAGUGGGUUUUCUGAGGCCAUACAAGUCACAAUCACCUGGGUAGCUCUAAAAUGCAAAUUUUCUACAUCACUGAGGCACAAUAAUUCACAUAUAUAAGUACUUGAGGUGGCUGCGAUGCACGUUCAAGUUUGAGGACUCUUGGUUUAAAGCAGGUGGGUAAACUGCUGCAAAGAAGGUGGUAACUGCUCCGAAAUGGGAAGGGAGGUCCACGGGAGCCACUGAGGCAGACUAGACGAGAGAACUGAGGGAGGGCUGGCUGAGAAAUGAGCAGUGGAGUAAAGGUCACUGUUAGGGAAGGGUGCACGAGUGUGUUGGGGGAGUGGAACAUAAACUCAAUCUGAGAUAGUCAAGAAGCAGGUGAGAUACUUGAGAACAAAUGCAAUCCAAGAAGACUCAUGCUGCAUUAAGGAGAGCUGGAUGGAAAAAGCUGGCUGGAUUCCAGAUUCUUACCUGGGCAUUUUCAGCACCAAAGUGACAGUUGAAACCCUUGGGGGCGGGGGGGAUGGAAUGACUCAGAUUUUAGGGCAAGAGACAAAAAGGGCUGAGAAGAGAGCCCUGAGGAAAACCAAACUCAUGGCGCAGACAGACUAAGCCUCUAAAGACACAGAAGUGGCCAAAGCAGAGAAAAAACAGACUAGAGAGUCUGAAAGCCAGGGGAGAGGUUCAGUGUCAAAAGCUGUGAAGAGAUGAAAUUAGACUUUAAAGUGGUAAGAGAAAGUCACUGGUGUCCCUGGUUGGGAACACUGAGGCAAGACACACACAGUGCAGUGAGGCUGUCUUGGCUGCUGCUGACUUUGCGUUCUCAGGUCCACUUUCCAGGGAAGGCUGACUAGCAGGUGUCCCGAGGUCCCAGGCACCUAGUUCUUUAAUAUAAAUCUCUUCCCACAAUCAGUAAGUUCAUCCAAUAAAAAAAAAAAAAAAGGUCUCUAAAACAGUUCUGUUAGUACUUGCAUUAAGAUAUUAACACACUUUAUGUCUGGUUCAAGUUAGGUACUUAAUUUUAUCAUACAUUUUCAGAGUAGAGACCAUUCGUCAUACUAAAAAUAGCCAACAGGAAUACUCUGCUCAGUGACUGUUGCAUCCUUGAGUGAGAGCGCUACUCCCUAAGGACAAUGAAAACGACGAGGUAAAAGAAGAAACCAGAAAGCAGGCCUCUGCAACUCAUGUGGCAUCCCCCUGCUGAGAGUUUCCUUCUCACUAAAAGCCCCGACAAGCACUAAGAGAUGAGUCGAACCAUAUCCAGGUGAGAUGACUCUCAACGACUGGUUGCCCAGGUCGCCCAGGUCUGUAUGUCUCUACACACUCACAGACCACUCUCUGGGUUCUGAGAGAAUCUGACAUGGCAGGACCAUAUUUUUGUUGGUGGUGUUUGCGAAGCUAUAAACAGUAGAUGAGACAGUUUACUGGAGACAGAGAAUUGUAAGAUGGUAAUAUAAAAAAAUAAAGGAUAUCUGUCAGCCUAA